GUCGUUAUUACUCGUUAACCUCAAAUAAGUGUUUUUCUUUUUCCAUUCCCAAGUGAUUUUCACCGGUAGCAAGGCUUUCUCAAAACAUCAUUGAUAUCUAAAAACAUUCUAUUUUCUUGUUCUUAUUUUUGGCUCAUUAAAGUUGGGAGAAUCCUAUUUCAUUGAACCCAAGUCGUUGCACAGGAAGUAUGCCUGCCAUAAGAGCCUGUGUAUAACCCUUCAAAAAAUGUGAUUUUCGUGAAUUGUUUUCUCGACAACUAAACAGUAGAUCCCGUAAUAAUUCUUGGAAUAGAUGCACGAUGUACUAUUCUAGCAUAUUUCCAAAUUUCAACUCUUCAAGUUUGAAUUUUCGAUUUCCAUUAGAUUCACUUUUAAACGGUCUAAAAGUCAACGACUAUGAGUGCUUUUUUUUAAUCGUAACAAAAAGUAUGAGGAGCGUGCACCUAAACGAUCGAUAACGAAAGGAGUACGUCGUCGCCUAGGCGAUCAUCAAACAAGCAUCCACCGCUUUCGAGUUCGGUGAUUCAUACAUUCACGAAGAUUUGUCCGCAUUCGAAAACUUCUAAUGUCCGAGAUAACGGAAAUUCUUUUAACCAAAUAUUACGGUUUCGGCGCGGAUCCAAAUAACAAAAAUUACCUAUCGAGCCACGAAGCCAUUUAUGAUCCGAAAAAAUUUGAUAAGAAAACGGAGUCGACUGAAUCUGCCGAGAAAGAAGCGAUCGAAGAAGCUACGUCACAGAGGACGAGUGUAGAGGGAAAAAAGGACGACGAAGAAGAUGGGACUCGGAGCAUUCGAAUAGAGGCUGUCCGUUCCUCACGAGCAAUUCUCGAUGUCGAUAGUUUCGAGGAAGGAGCAACCGAAAUUUACGAAUACGAAUCGCUACUGGAAUCGACGUUGCCCCAAGAAAACGAUGUCCAGGAAGGGCAUAGAAUAAUUCAAGAUUUCAAAGAACCGUUGACUCCCGAAAAAGAGAAGAAAGCCGAUGAAGCGACAGAAAUUUUGAACCAAAAUGGGUCAAAAUGGACAACUCAUUUCGACGAGGCUUCGGAACACGCUUCCGACAUCUCUUCCGUUCGAACAACUAAAAAAACUCGGAACAAAAGCGCUCUAACCACUUCUGGAUCGACUUUGUCUUCUCAGACGCUCCAACCCCCGAAAAAAUUACCAUCCUGCAAUGGCAUCUUUCUCGACAUGACGAAUCUCUCACUCUUGGAAUUUCCUCUUGAUAUUAUCGCAAACUUACCCAAUUUGAGGAUGCUUUAUUUGGAGAACAAUUCAUUGACGAACUUGCCCGACGAACUAUUCUCGGGCCUGAGAGUUCUGCAGUGGCUCGACCUGAGGAACAAUCAACUGAAGAGUCUACCAGCGACUGUGAAACAUCAUCAAUGCUUGGAAACGAUACUCCUCGAUGGAAAUUUAUUCGAAGAGCUACCACUCGAACUGUGUCUACUGCCCAAUUUGAAAGAACUUCAAGCUUCAAGAAAUCCGCUCUUUCUUCCACCUCCGGAUAUUCUCGGUCUCGGUUUUGCAGCUACAAUCAACUUCUUACGAAACGAAUGGAACAAAUUGCAUCCCGACGAAGCUGUCUCGCUGCCAGAACGCGAGAAAAAAGCCAAGCUUCCUACGAUUCUCUGUUCGGAUCCACCGGUUGUGAAAACGACGUCGAAAACUUCACGAAUUUUUGGUAGUGCUUCAACGGGUCACAUUGGUGGAGAAACGAAGAAGACAUCGGUCAGAGAAAGGGGCUGGAAUUACAAGCCGAGCAACAGAUGUAAGAAUCGCGGUUCAGACGAAGCACUGGAAAUGAGACUUCUGUGGAUCGCCAAAGUCAAAGAAAUGCUUACGAAACAGACACUCGCAUUGCAGAAAAUAAAAGAUCAAGAUGCCCUGAAAAACUGGAGACGAGAUAGACGAAGUUAUAAGAGAAGCAUGAGCAGAGCAGCCAGCAGAACAGAAGAAGACACCCCGUUCGGGAUCGAUAUUCAUUCCGAUGGUUCUUCGCUCAAGAGUCAAUCGAAAAUGCCUUUGCAGAGCGUUAAAACAAGAAAACGACAUCUGGAUUGGGCAACAAAUAUCGAUCACAAAAUGAAAGAUCUCUACGAGUCGCUCAAUCAGUUGGAAAAAUCUAGAGAAUCGAAAACCAUGACGCCUCGUUCUGAGCAGAAGCUUUUGGAGAACGAGAUUAAAAAAGUACAAAUUAUAACUGUGCCGAGAAGACUCGUCAGCAGCUCGAUACAUUAUUUUUUCCUAUUUUCUAGCUUUCUGAUGUACAAGACGAAAUCGAGAGUCUUCGUCGAUGCAACGACACAACGCUGGGACUCUGCACAGGCCUUGAUUUUUCACCUCAAACUCAGCCAUACAAGCCUCCGCCGUCCAUCAUUAUAUAAAAUUUUAAAAACAACCAACAAGUUCAAAUCAAGUGGUCGCAAGUAUUUCAGUCUUUACGAAUUUUUAUUUAAAUUAACCAAAGAUGAUCACAAUUUGUAUUGUAAGAUUAAUAAUUCAUUACAAUAUUUCAGAUUCAAAGACGAUAGUGAGAUGACUGGAUUGAUUAACGCAAUGAUGUGGAUUUUUUUAAUCCUUUUUGUAAAAAAUUUAACCAAAUGCUCAACUCGUGCGGAGAAAAGAUAAUAUAAAAAUGAUACACGCAACGCUGGGUAAAGCAUCGUAAUUCUAAGUUUUUCACGAAAGAAGUAAUUUCUAAUUGAAAUUUGAAGCGGAAACUUGUCGAUGAAAAUUCUUAGUAUUACAACGUAAUACGAAGCGAGUUUUUGAAAUCAUUUUCUUGCCGCUUCCUUUCAAGCGUUCAUUGCACUUGGUUACACGGAAUAAAUGUACCAGCUGUAUGUCAAUAAAACAUGCUACUUUGAGCAAACUGUA